GGACGCGACGCGACGUAAAAAUACACGGCUACACAUGCAUGCUAUAUUAUAUGCGGUACGUGCUUUGAUGUCCGCAAAUUGGCAGCCUCGCAGUUUCCACAUUUGUGCUACGUCAAGUCCCAAUUUGCCUCAAAUAAGUCAGAAAAAAAUCAGUAGUUAUGAGUAAUGGAACGAAUCAAAAUGGACCUACCCUGGACCAACAGUUUGCUGCUAUGGAUCUGAUGACAGGAGCAAAAAAAUAUGUGCCACCACACCUACGCAACAGCAGAAACGAUGGUGGACGUCCUAUGGCGGUUCCACACCCAGGCGGCUACCAGAACUUCAUUGCCCCCAACGCUCAACCAGGUUUUGGUGGCGCUCAAUUCACUAGAGCCAUGGGCUAUCCAGCUCAACCUCCUCCUCCAUUCACUGCACCCCCACCACAAGCCCAGGGCUACAGCGGUGGAUAUGAUGGUGGUUCCGGUGGCAACUACGGCCGCGGCGGAUACAACAACCAAGGAAGAGGAGGCGGUUACAACAGCCGAGGUGGCUACAACAGAGAAGGCGGCCGUGGUGGAUACAACCGUGACCAAGGCAGCAGCUACAAUGGACGAGGAGGUGGUGGUGGUGGUGGACGUUACAAUGAUCAGCAAUCGGGAUCAUAUCAGAACAGGAAUAGUUACCAAGGUGGUGGACGGGGUGGAUUCCAGAGUCCACAAGGACAGGGAGGACCAGGAGGAUACCAACCUCGUGGUGGUGGUAAUUACAACAGCCGUCUGGACUGGGGACCUCGUGGUGGGGGAGCCCCACAGCAGGGUGGCGGUGAUACCUUCUGGGGUGUCCGAGGCCAACAGAACCAGGAUGGCUGGGGUAGGGCCGAGGACUACCGAGGGCGUGAUGUGCCACGUGUAGAGCAAGACGAGGAUUGGACUAAGCCUCUCCCAAGAAACACCCGUGUAGAAAAUGAAUUGUUUGGAAGUUCCAACACUGGAAUCAACUUUGACAAAUAUGCUGACAUCCCUGUAGAGGCUACAGGAACCAAUUCACCAGCUCCCAUUGAACAGUUCAGUGACAUUGACUUGGGUGACAUCAUCCGUAACAACACAGAACUGUGUAACUACAACACCCCAACCCCUGUUCAGCAGUAUGCUAUUCCUAUCAUCAAGGGAAAGAGAGAUCUCAUGGCCUGUGCUCAGACUGGUUCUGGAAAGACUGCUGCUUUCUUGCUUCCUAUUCUCUCCCAAAUCUUUGAGAGUGGACCUCACAAACAUUCUGUGGGUUGCUACCGUAAGAAGCAGUUCCCUCUUGCUUUGAUUCUAUCCCCAACUCGUGAGCUGACAUCUCAGAUCUACGAUGAAGCCAGGAAGUUUUCCUACCGUUCUCACGUUCGUCCCUGUGUGGUAUAUGGAGGAGCGGAUGUCAAAGGUCAGAUCGCUGAUUUGGAGAGGGGUUGCCAUCUCCUUGUUGCUACGCCAGGACGUCUGGUUGACAUGUUGGAGAGGGGCAAGAUCGGUCUUGAGAAAAUCAGAUGGGUGGUCCUUGAUGAGGCUGAUCGUAUGCUUGAUAUGGGUUUUGAACCCCAGAUUCGCCGCAUCGUAGAGGAAGAUGAAAUGCCCAAAGUAGGAGAGAGACAAAUGCUUAUGUUCAGUGCCACCUUCCCCAAGGAAAUUCAGGUUCUGGCCCGUGACUUCUUGAAAGACUACAUCUUCUUGGCUGUUGGUCGCGUUGGUAGUACUAGCAGCAACAUCACCCAGAAGAUUGUCUGGGUGGAGGAAGGAGACAAGAGAUCCUUCCUUUUGGAUUUGAUCUCGGCCUCAGGUGCUGGAUCUCUAACCCUGGUGUUUGUUGAGACCAAGAAGGGAGCUGAUGCUCUAGAGGAUUUCCUCCUCCGGGAGAAGUUCCAAGCCACCAGUAUCCAUGGUGAUCGCUCCCAGAAGGAACGUGAAGAAGCCCUGAAGACCUUCCGUAGUGGCCGCACUCCAAUUCUGGUCGCUACCGCUGUGGCCGCCCGUGGUCUUGAUAUCUGCAACGUGAAGCACGUCAUCAACUUUGAUCUGCCAACAGACAUUGAGGAGUAUGUUCACCGUAUUGGUCGUACUGGACGUGUCGGCAACACAGGUCUUGCAACGUCUUUCUUCAAUGAGAAGAACCGUAACAUCUCCCGUGACUUGGCUGAUCUGAUGAUUGAAGCCAAGCAGGAAGUACCCAACUGGCUUGAUGCUCUCGCUAGCGAGGCCAAAAACAGUGGAGGCUCAUCACGACGUGGACGUAACAGGUACGCUGGAGGGUUUGGUUCCCGUGACUACCGUCAGGCCAAUAACCGCGGUGGACGUGGGGGCGGAGUCUCCAGCGGCUAUGGAGGUCACCAGACCGGCGGACAUGGCGGGGGCAACAGCUUCCCCGUCUACCAGCCUCAUUACGGCGGUAACUACGGAGGUAGCUACAACCAGUCCAGUGGCGGUCAGGACUGGUGGGGCAACUAGACCGUAUUCAGACACCAGAAAGGAUCGUGGAGCUUGAUACUGUGCAGCAUGUAUCCUUGUGAUAUUGUUAUACAGGAGAUGGCUCUUUACUCAGAGGCUAGCUAAGGUAUUCAUUCCUUAGCCUGCCUUAUGUUUCUAUUGUUAUAUAUAUAUUUUCAUCUUACCGUGCUUACGUUGCAGCGUUAGAUUCCUCUAGGUUAGACGUAUUAUAUCUAUCUUUGGAAAUAUAGAUUCUUGUGAAUUUAUAUGCACAAUUUAUUGUCUUAUCUCCUUGGUGUUUGUUUAAUUCUUAGAGAUAGCGAAAAGAAAAAUCACCAGCUGCCAAUUGUUUUUAAGAUGCAGCGUAUUAUUUGUACAAAUGAAACAAAAAUUAGAAACGGAAUACUGAUGUGCAUGAGGCUUUAUUUCUCCCUUUGCUGUCGGUCCAGGGUAGGUUAUGAACAGACCCAUUUUGGAGGCAGAGGACAUCAAAAAAAAAAAGGCAAAUAAAGUGGAUAAAUGUGGAAACUGCUCAAAACAAUAAUCUAGUUCAUAUUGCACUCUGUGUGAGACUGGUGAGCAAUCAUUUCUCGGGGUAACGAGGCGAUUAACCAGAGUGCACUAUGAAACAGUAAGAUGGGGUGAAUAUCUCAUCCUUAGAGGCUAUAUUUUAAGAUGGGAUUAAGUGUAUUGUCCUAUUCUCAUCAUAUCUAAGAUAAGUAUGGUUGUGUUUUUGUUGUUUCUUUUAACUAUGGUAGGAUGCUGUAAGAAAUUAUGUUACAUAAAGUAAAAUUUUCAUUUUUUCACUUUUUAGAAAUUUAAGGUAAACAUGUGAUUACAAAAUUAUGAUACACAAGACAAUGGUGAUGCAUACUGUUGAUAUACUGCAAAAACCUGAAUGCGGAUAUUUCAUUCACUUUGAACUUGAUUAGUUCUUAUACCUUGCAUCCAUACUUCGUAGAGUAUGAGAAAAAAAAAAUCAAUGCUGUCAUUCAUGUUAAAAUUGGCAGCAGUUGAUAACUCUUUCUGAUGAGAUAUUGGAAAUAACUUUAAUUUAUAGCAUCCUACCGCUCAAAGUAUCCAUGCAUAUUGCGAGUAUGAUUAUAGAUUGCAUGUGUAGUCCAUUUCUAUUCAUGAGAGAAACUUGGUUGAAGACUCUUGUUAUAAAAAGCACCUUUUUCUCUCUCACUUUUCUUAUAUUUUGAUUGUCUAUUGUAAACUUGAUGCUUCGAUAACAUGUAUCUGCAUCACUGUAUAGACUAAAGUCAGUCUUAUGUAAUCAUUAUGAAUGGAUGUGUAUUGUAGAUGCCUAGAACUUGUUCGGAAAAGAAAAAUUGUUGUGAAUGCUUGAUCUUUUUUUUCUCUCUUCUCCAUUUUAAAGUAUGUAUUUAAGCUUAGAAUCGUGUGAAUUCUGUUGUUCCAUACUUACAAUUGUUCAAAAAAAUAUUGUCGGUCAGUUCUUUUUUAUAUGAAUGAGCAGGUUAUAUUUUUAAACCAACAAAGGAGAGAUAGUGAACUUUUCCCCCUUCAUUGGAAUAAACAGUAGGAACAGAUGCCAGCCAUGCCACGAAUAUAAAUGGAUAAAGUGUAAGUCUUGUGAAUUCCUGUACUUCUGUUGCAAAGAAUGGCGCAAUAGAAUGGUCUUUUGUAUGGAAUGUUGCUUGAUCUUACUCGCAUUUGGUUCUAACAUUGUAGGGUAUUCAUUGUGUUCUUUUCUAUUUUAAUCAUUCUGAGAAUCAUUACUGUAAAUGCAUGAGAGGGUAUCUGUUCCUACUACUUAAAAAAAAACGCUAAUUAGAACAUUAAGUUCACUGUUUCUUCGAGAUAACCUGCUGUGUGAACAUCUGAAGAAUGUAUUAGCAUACCUGUGUCUGUACUGGAUAAAGAAUUGUUUUAUCUGUCAUUUCAGAAAAUGGAAGUAAUAAGAGAAAAAUGUCUUUAUUUUCUCACAUUUUUAGGGAUAUUUGAAGAACCAAAGAUCCAUUUGUGCUGAAUAGAAAGAAAUUUCAGCAGAUUUCAGACUAGUCAUAAUAUUUUACCAUUGUUCUUAUCAUGCAGUGAUUAAACGUGUUAACAAUCCAUGGUAUUUUCUGUCCGGUGAUCCGUUGUGUUUCUUAACGAAAGCGCAACAGAUCAUUUUGUAUUGUUUGUUUCUCAUAUUCUGAUAUGUAUUGGUUUUAACUGUGCAAUCGGGAUCUCGCAUGCCAGAGCCAUAACAGGGUUGUCAACAACAGUAUUUUGUUUUUUAACCCCCCCCCCCCCCCCUGCAUCUCAAAUUUAUGCUUUGAACUCCGUCCCGACCAAGAGGGACCCAUUUCAUAUAGAGUUCCGGCUAUUCUAACUUUGCCAUUAUAGCAACAACAAUGGUAACAGGGCUCAACUGCCAAUUACAAUCAAGGUUUCCUUGGAACUUCAUACAAUGACAAAUUUACAAUAGUUGUAAUUCUUGGUGAAACCGGCCCUUUAUUGGUUUCUUCAUUUUUGUGAAUUCUCUGUGUUUUAUGGCUCUGGCUGCGUUUGUAACUCUGAGUUAUGACGAAACUUUUGUGACGUAUGAAUACAACAAAAAAUGUCUAGUCAGAGGAUAGUGCAGAUAACUCUCUUUGAAGUAUAAAUUAUUCACCUUUUUCUAUUUAAAAUGUACUAUUUCACUUUUUGCAUUGCAAACUAGUGUUAUGUCAGCUAUGUACGCAAGGAAUAGAUUGAUUAGUGGGUUGUCAUUACUUACGUGUGUACACAUCAUCACGUUUACAUCUAUGAUGAUCCGCUCGUCACUUAUAUUCUUGUAACCACAAAUUUAACCAUUGUUAUAUAAACAUUAAGAUGUUUUGAAUAUGUAUCUUUCAUAUUCAAACGUUUACUUGUUGAAAAUGAAGUAUUAUUAUGUUCAUUCAGAACUACUUACAUGUAUUAUUAUUUAUCCUAAACAUAACUCAACCAUGUUUAAAUAGCAGCAUGCAUUUAGCAUGCUAGCAGAACAGUUUUUGAUCUUCAAAACUGACUAUUUAUUUUUAUGUUCCUAUAUGCAUCAUGAAAUAGUUAAUGCAGUUUUCAUGAACAAUAUGGGAAGAAAUGAUUGGAAAUUUCUCCUUUUUUUGAGCAGGCCUCAUGCCCAGUCACGAAACAUAACAGCGAUAAGUCUCUUAAUAUUAAACGUUUCUUGGGGACAUAUUUUUACCCCGCUUUCUUUUAGUAUGUGGCAGCGCGUUUGAGUAUAUCAUCAUUGUCUGUCAUUUAUAUUAUUCUCAGAUAAUCUGAUAAUGGAUUUUUGUUAUUAAUACGGAUGUGUGCUUUGGAUGCUGAUUUUAAAUUUUCAAUCCUGGGUAUCCCUUGUUGAGCAAAUUAUGAGACAAGGACCUUCAGACCCUCAUUUGAAAAAAAAUAUACAAUUGAUAGGUUUCUAUUUGUUAAAAUUGAAAAUAAACUAGUGCCUUUUUGGGAAAUAGAUGAUUUUUCUUUGUCAUAAGACAUCAAAGGAAAAAAAUACAACAUAAACAUUCCAUCCUUAUGAAUAUAAACGUGUAUUUAGUCCAAAGUUUUGCCAGGGAAAGGUGCUGAUGAAGAGUUUUUGUUUGUAGGGUGUUUGGAGAUGAAAACUUUAUACCUAAAUGUGUUUUCAUGGUAUAAUCAUCAUUCUUUUUGAAAACAUGUUACUUAAUGAGAGUAACAUAAAUAUUUGCCUAAUGUAUUUUUUGUUCUUUCAUAUCUUGCUAAGCACUUCAAGUGCUGAAUCAACUCAAAAUUUCAGGAAUCAGUUUGUUUCUACCUACCGUAAACAUGGCAUGGACCAGUUAGCGUUGCGCGAUCUGCCCGUGAAGCAUGGCCUAGCCGCGUGGCCGCCCACGUCCAUUUCUGGAAGGUCCAGAUAAUGCGCUGAAAAUGCAACGGUGAAAGCACGCUCUAGUCCGUUUGCCACUCACUCACUGAUAAAAACUACUACUGUUGCGAUGUCAAUUAAACUAAUCUUUUACACAUA